AUGUUUCGUACUCUUAGAGAAAAAGUCGAGCAACCGGCAUUCUUCCCACAGGUCAUUUGGCUCCGAAGCUCCAGCUUUGCUUCUCCGCCACCUCCGCACAAACCACCAUCUCCAAUUACAACUCGACUCUUCAUUCACAACCACUUUUGCUUCUCAAUAAUCUUCAAAGCCUCCUUAAACAUGACAUCAGAAACGCGAGAAGAAGCCGAAUCCUUGAAAUCCAAGGCCAAGGGGAAAGACAUCCGCAACCCACGCCGCCUCCUCAUCCUCUCCCCCUCCCACACCAACCUCACCGACUCACCGAUUCCUUCCCUCCUACAGACACUCACUGGACACGCUGCCAACCCACCCACAGAAUCGCAGAGCUUCGCCGGAUACACUACACACCCGCCGCUUCGAAUCGAUAACCGUUAUUAUACAGCCGAAGUCCCGAUCUGGGUUGACGAGAUACCGACUUCCACCUCGACCGCGGCACCUUCUUCUACAUCUGCGACGGGAGGACCAGAGUCUACAAAGGCCAACCCGAGUGCAAAAUCGGAAAUAGAAACCUCCGAAGGAGGAAAAGAGGGAGAAGAGCCGCCUUCCCAAUGGGCUAGGGAGUUCUCGAGCGAAGAGGCGCAGGUUGUCCGGGAUGCGAUUGGGGCUGUUAUGAUAUGUAUUCGGAAUCCCACCCCGCCGCCUGUGGCGCCGAGUCUGGAUGGUCAAGCGCCUUCGCUGGCAGCUGAGACGGUCGAUGAUCGCGACGACGUUCGCGCGCUCAAGUCGUUCAUCAAUGCCAUUGGCACUGUGCGGGCGCUGAUUGAGGAGGAGCGCGGGGAGAUUGGCGCCGUACCGGGUCUUCUAGUCCUGGACGUGAAACGGGAUCAGCAAAAGAAGAAGAAAACGGAGGCGCUAAAGGAGGAUGAUUUGGACCUUGGUGUGGGUGCGGAGCUCGAGGAUGGGUUCGAUGAUCCCUUCUCAGUUGGUUGGUGGGAGGAUCAGCUUGUUGAAAUGGGGCUCGUGGGGCUCGAGGUAAUCGAGUGGGAUUCUAGCCGGCCCGAAAAGGAGGAGGAGCGGAAUAAGUAUGGAGGUACGACUUUCUAUAUUGUCUGUGGAGGCGCGGUGCUAACGUGGGCAGAGCUCCAAGGUAUGCGCCGGAUAAAGGAGGUGCUCGAGACGCAUGAGUGGGUUGGAAGUGAAGAGGCAAACGCAGGUCUUCCGGAUGAUGACGAUGAUCUAGAGCGAGAGCUUCUAGGCUUAGAUGAAGGCGAAGGGUUCAAUCUAGAGGUCAAUGAGCUGGAACGGGAGAUGGUAGGACUGAAAUUUGCGAUUGGGCGAGGUGGUGAGGGCGAUGAGGAUGAUGAGGGAGACGAGGAGCUCAGAGUUGACGCUGUCGAAGCGCUGCUGAUGCGCAUGAGAGCUAUCAAAGAUAUGAGUGAUGAACUACCAGCCGAGGACCGGAAACGGUUCGCGGCCAAUGCUGUACGGGAUAUCAUGAAGGAAAUCUAG